AAUGUAGCUUCUAAACCCAAAGAAGACCUGCCCUUCAAUUUUGCAGGGCCUUGUCCCCUAACAGCUGUUAAUUUUUAUGUCAGAUGGCGGUGUGUGUCCUGUGUGUGGUUACAGGGUCUGUCCUGGCACUGCUAACCUUGGCGCUCAAGUUUGCUUGUGUGGUGGUGGUUUUUAAAUUAUAUUCCUGUGUUUAUUGCAACUUUGAGCAGUCUCAACUAUUUAAACCUGCUCAAAAAUGAAGGUAAGUUCUGAAAAGGAUGAAGGGGACCGAGUAAGAGUUGAAAACUGCUAGUAUAAGAAUGAAGACCAAGAACCGCUGGCACGCUAUUUAAGCUGCUGUUCCCCAGUGAGUGGCUUACCUGGUACGUGCCAUCAUCUACCCGCCUUGUCCCUCUGUGGCUUCAGAGGGACAGAGCUGGCCAGAGCCCGUUUCUGAAUGUGGGUGGAGAGCAGGAAUCUCCUCCUCGUUUCAAGGAAAACAUUAAAUGGCAAAGGAAAUGAAACCAAAAAGACUGGCAAUGGUUAAGCACAGCUUACUGUAUAGAAUAAUUCUUUAGAGUUAGCAGUUUUCUAAACAGAUCCACAAUUGCUAUUUUUUUGAGUCACUGUGUGUAAGUACACACUCAAGCAGGUAAGAAGCUAAAGCAAGUGAAUUUCAAAUCUUGUUUUUCAGAGUUGAAUUUCAAAUUGCAUUCGCACGGUAAGAAGGAAAAGAUGAACUUUGGUCUGAUUCAGCCCUGUUGUAGUGAAACAAACCCUGUAACGCAUAGGUACAUAAAACCUCCCAGCUACUGACAAUGUACAAGCCCCUACAAAAAUUUCUGCAAGGCUGUUUUUCUGUCACUAUCUACUAAUUAAUUGAAUGUAUAAUUUUCCUGUAUUAAUACCAGACAGAAUAUGGACAUAAACUGCCUUAAUCUUGAGCAUUUUCAUUUCACACACAUGGAAGUUAUAGGGCUGUUCAUUGUUGCUUUUAAUUCUAACCUGCCAUUUGCUCCAGCUGUAUUUUUCUUCUAGGAGAGACUUUCUGCUACCGUUUCUCCCUUUACUGGAAAACAAACACUUUUACUCCCAGCAACAAUUCUAUAUAUCCUUUCCCCACCAAAACCAGUGACAGAACUAAACCAACAAAAACAUAAACAAGAAAACUUGUAAAACUGAGGCUAAUAGAAGACAUCUAUUAAAAGCACAAGCCUACAAGUAGCUAAACAUAGACCUGCAGUUCCCACGCGCGCCUUCCCCUGCCAUUACUGUCCUGCUGCAAAGGUGGGCAAACACUCCCUUUGGUUGGCCAAGUAACACUGCUGGAAACUGCCCCUUAGCCUGAGGCUUGGAAACUGAAGCUGCAGCCUUUGUCUGUGCUUUAAAGCACCCAGGGAAAUUUUCAACUCUAUUUGCAAGCUGUUCGUGAAAAUUCAUUAUCUAGUAUCAGUCCUUGAACACAAAUCAAAAGUGCAACCUUAGAAAAAUCAAUGAACCAAUUCAAGACUAAAAUUGUUGAACACUGCAAAAACAACCCAGUCCUUGCAGCUGUAGCUGCACCCCCUGUCCCAGCCCCCAGUUCAGUAACUGGGCACAAAACACUGCUAAACUUCAGGCGUGCCUAAAAGGAAAGGAAUCCCUUUUAAGGAAGCAUUUCAUGACAGUCAAGUGCUGCUAUUUAUUCUACAUACCCAUUUCAUUCCCUUGUAGAAAGAGAACAACAGUUUCAUACAUGCAUGUUUCUUUUCCCUCUUCUUAGCUUCUACACCAGUUGUUGGCCAAAAAUAAACACCAUUCCACAACCAUAUAUGUGCAACAGGCUCCUGGUGACUGAGCCCCCUCCAGCACUGCUGGGAUCCCACAAGGCCAGAGACUGCCUUCUUUCCAACACGCUCCGACCGGCUAUGCAUAUAACCCAGCUGAAUCGGGAAUGCCUGCUACAUCUGUUUUCUUUUCUGGACAAAAACAGUAGGAAAAGUUUAGCAAAAACAUGUCACAAGUUGCUAGAAGUGUUUCAGGAUCCUUUACUGUGGUCUUUGUUGAACUUUCAUUCUCCAGCGGAACUAAAGAAGGAUAAUUUUCUCCUGGGACCUGCUUUAAAAUACUUAUCCAUCUGCUGGUAUUCAGAGAGAGUGAAGGUGUGUAACAUUGAGGACUGGAUGAAAAACAAUUUCCAGAAAGACUUCUGUAACAGGCAUGAAAACACUGUCAAUGAUUUUUUACUAGAAGUUUGCAACAGAUGUCCAAACCUGCUCUCUCUGACCCUCUCUGGAUGUGGCCAUGUCACAGACGAUUGCAUCCUGCUGCUGCUCAAGAGCUGCCCCAACCUCAAGACACUCAAACUGGAGAACUGUGUGCGGAUCAGUGACCGGACACUGGAAGCAGUCACCCUCUACGGGGCAUCACUGCGAACGCUCCACGCGGAUUUCUGCCGGAACAUAACACAAACUGGUCUGGAGAGAGUCAGGGAAAAAUGUCCUUCAAUAACGCUGAGAGCAGAGAGAAGUGCUAACAUGAUUCCAGACAGUAAGCCAGAAAAAAAGUUGAUGCUUGAAAAAGCAUCAAGAAAAUUGGUUCAGCUUUAAGUGCAACAAAUUGUAUAAACUCAGUCAAUGUGGGUGCUUUACUUUGCUUCCACUCUCCUCCUGAGUAGCAGUUGCUUUGAGUCCAAAAAGGUGGCUGAUGUGUUUUGUGAAGGCUGCACUGGAAAAGGUCUGUACCUCCACCAGGAUGGUCUUAAGGAAAAAACCUGUUUGCUUAAACCUGUUGUUCCUUGAAACUGGAAAACCCUGCCUUGCUGUCACAUAAUGCUAGACCUUAUUAAGGCUGAAAAACUGAGAUUUUGAUAUCCUCUUGUCAUGGCUGAGUGGAAUGUACCUCACUCAGAAGAGAGAAGCAGCAGUAUCUUUUAUUGAGGUAAAGUAGUAAUUUGUCUGACAGAGUUCAAUAAAUUUGAUGGAAUACAGCAAAGACUGACGGCAAGGUUCAUCUUAUUAAUAAAUACAUGGAAGAAACAUACCAAGGAAAAUUGAGUUAUAAUGAUUCACACAGAGACCUGAGAUGCAAAGAGUAAGGAAGACCCUCUCAUUGAGUCAUGAGGUCCAGAGCGGACCCCCCUGCCUUGCUUUCUAAACUCCUUGUGUAAUGGGAAAGGCAUAAACCCACAGUAGACACAGCCUGGGUAACUGUAUGACUUACACAAAUGUCAGGGAAAGAGCAAUUAACAAAUUUCUGUUAAAGGAUAUAUCCAUAUGGUCAUUCCAUCCGCUCAGAGUGAUACCCACACCAUGAUCUUCCUCGCAAAAGCAGAGUGCCCCACAACCAUCACUUCCUCAGUGAUAAACACCUGUAGCUGAUUUGUCUGGCCUUAACGAGGGAUGUGUGGCAACGCCCACAAAACACAGUUUGACCCUUUGCAGAAUGUACUUUGCCAAGAUACACCCAGUUAUUUUUGAAAGCUGACAUUAAAGGAAACACAGUGUGAACAAAUGCUAUUUUACAGAACUACCCUACAGGAAAAAACAGUAAUUUACAGCCUGUAGCUUUAAAUGCUAAAUUAGGAACACACUUCAGUAGAGAUCUUGAUAAACACCCGUUUCUCACCACAAAGUACAAAACAAAUAGCUAUUUUCAGCCCAAACCACAGUGCUGUCACUUUCCUGCAAUGCUGCUCUGCUACAUGAAGUGAAACUUUUUUUUUAAUGAAGGGUUGCUAUGGCAUCGUCUACAAAAUUUGACACCAAAGGCUGGAGCAGUUUUAUUCUGCUGGAUAACAUCUGCCUUGAUACAACACAGUGGGAUUUGGUCGUGGUGUUGAGUCCUUGGGACUGGUAACAUCACAUUCCAUCACUCCUUAUGCACUUAAACAUUUUUGCCCACGGAAAGGUAAACAUUUUUGAGUGCCACCUUACGGUGUCAACUGUCCUGCAGGCACUGGUCAUGAGUUCCAUUUGUUCAGUCUGUCUUAGUAUAACACCACAGAAAAAUCAUUAUGAUCAUCUAGUCUGAAUUAAUCCCGUUUUUUAAAAAGCAACCUGUCUCAAACCCUGUGCUUUACUCUAUGUGGGAGCGUGUCCUCAAAUUCUGCUUUCUGCUACUUUUCAUUUUGUUCAGCAAUUCUGACCUGAGUUCAGAAUGGUGACUCCUGGAGAGCACACCAUAAUACAUAAUCCUACCUGCUCUUCUGGACUCUGCAGCUGAACUUGUAUUUACCUUCAGUCUCUCUCCCAUUCAAUACAAUCCGCUGAAGAACUUUAUGCUCACAAAAGCUGACAGAUGGUUAAAUCUGGCUGUCGAUAAGUUGGUUUCCCCCAGAGGCCAGAUGUCAGCUCAGCUUAGACGUCAAACAGAAGGCUGCACACAGGCCAGUCUGACAAACUAUGGACCACAAAUAGUUCCAGCUUAAAUCACUAUGAAGUCCACAGCAGUUAAGAUUUCAUUUGAAAUUAAAACCUCAUACAGAGCAGGAAUACUGAGAGUGACCUUAAAAUUAAAGCAAAUUUAGAAAUACUAGCUUUUGGAAAAAAUAGAGUCAACGUUUCUGUUCCAUUACACAGCAGUUGUUCAGGACUUGGUGACUGCAGCAGUCUCUGUGCAGACCCCUCAGCGAGCCUGUGUCUCCAUUACACGAGGGGCUCUGCAAUUAUCCAUAAUUAAUCUUACUGCACCAGGAACAGACCACUGGGGAAAUCUGCCAGUUGAAAACACAUGAACUGGAAUUUGCAUUGUUGGAGUUCAAAUACAUCCAGACCAUCAGGGUUUAAAAUAAUCCAUUAGCUUUUUUGCAUUUUAACAGUAUAUCUACAGGUUUAGCUUUGCAGACUUAGUACUUGUCUGCAUUUUCAUCUUUUAUAUAACUGGAAGACUACAAGAGUUACCUCUUCCCCCAAGCAACAGGAUUUGUGACUUCUUAAAUUGCUGUUUAACAAAUUAUUGAAGGUUGUCAAAAAUAUCUAACAUGAUACAUGUUUUUCUUUAGAUUUAGAGAACAGCGUGACUGUAGUAGCUCUAAAACAAAAAGAAUGUGUGAAAAGCUACUACUGAAGUAAAGCAGACCUUUUCCCCGUUCCCACUGGCAUCUAAACUGUAGAAACAAGUUCUGAAGUUAGGCCUCAAUUACUUAGGAAUAACUGGUUUUGUUUUCCAAGUUCUCACUGUAUUGUUUUUACAAUAUUGUUGCUCCUUUUAUUAAAACUAUGUGGAGAAAAUGCUUGGGGUGUUGUAACAGAGCGCUCAGCUCUGAUGCCUCUGCUAGUCUUGCAACAAAGAUUUAUUUCAAAUGAUAUAUUGUCUUUCGUUCAUGUUAGAACAGAAAGAAAGGGAACAAGCAAUCAAAAUUCCACUUGAGGCCAACUUUUACUGUAGGAGUAGUGCUGUAAAAUUAUAUUUCUAAUCAGUUUCUCUAGGAAGGUAAGUUUCAAACAAUCUCAGCAGAAAUACUUUAAUAGACUACAUUCCUAUGGCUUAUUCUUUCCUCUGCAAGAACUGGUGAGCCACCUAUGAACUCCUGAGAAUAUUCUUUAUGUGGUGCAUCAAAAACAGAAAGAGGAAUUUACAGCUCUCAACAUAAGUGAAUAUACUUACUCCUCCUUUCCAUCCUGGUUAAUUGAUCCACAGAUAUCCUUUGGUACCCUCUAAUUUGGCUGAGCUAAGAAAUAAAUCACAGCUUUACAGAAACUUAGCCAAACUGAGCUGGAAUGCCAGGGAAAUACUUGAUCAGAAUGAGUAUCUGUAAGAAACACUCACCCAGAAGACAAAUAAAACAAUUUAAUUAUUGCAUCUUCACAACUGAAAGCUAUUUAACAGUAUGCCACUAAUACUCUGGCAUUUCAUUAACUCGUUCCUAAAAUUUAUGUAGGACU